AUGGCGGGAGAUCUGGAUAUCACGAAAACAUGGCCGGUCCACGAGAUCAUCUAUACCGUCAUCGUCGGUAUUGUGAUGCUGGCUGCGCUUCUUGAAUGGUUUUUAUGGAUCGCCGCAUUUCUAUACUGCCUUGUCAAGGUCUUUCAAAAGGCAGAGCAUUGGACCAUCAGGGUAUUGGCGGUCAUCAUUGCAAUACUGUUUACCCUAUUCCGAGCGAUAUUCUUACCGAUCAUGGUCGUGACGCUACCACUUCCUAGUGUCGUAGUACAAUACUGGCCCGAAGAGAUGGUUGUCGUCCUUCAGUGGUUCGCAUUCUGGAGUUUCGCUGGACUGCUGACCGUUCCGUGGCUGUUCUGUGUCUACCAGUUGGUGACACAUCAGCUGGGAAGGACGAAGCGCAUUAAGAAGGUCCUAGACGAGGUCUCGGCUCCGAAGGUCGUCAUCGUGAUGCCCUGUUAUAAAGAGGAUCCAGACGUCCUCGUUACAGCUGUCAACUCCGUGGUAGACUGCGAUUACCCUCCUUCGUGCAUUCAUGUGUUCUUGUCCUUCGAUGGCGACCAGGAGGAUGAACUCUACUUGAACACGAUCGAGAAACUCGGCGUUCCCCUCACUUUGGAGUCAUACCCCAAGAGCAUCGACGUCACUUACCGAGCCGCCAGAAUUACUGUCUCGAGGUUCCCCCACGGCGGCAAGCGAAACUGCCAGAAGGCCUCCUUCAAGCUCAUCGACAAGGUGUACGCAGACUACCUCAAGAGAAACGACAAUCUGUUCAUUCUUUUCAUCGAUUCCGACUGCAUCCUGGACCGCGUGUGUCUUCAGAACUUCAUCUACGACAUGGAGCUGAGUCCCGGCAACCACAGGGACAUGCUGGCCAUGACCGGAGUCAUCACGUCGACAACGAAAACCCACAGUGUCAUCACACUUUUACAAGACAUGGAAUAUGUCCACGGCCAAUUAUUUGAGCGAACGGUUGAGUCCGGCUGUGGUGCUGUGACCUGUCUACCCGGCGCCCUCACCAUGCUUCGAUUCUCAGCCUUCCGUCGCAUGGCCAAAUACUACUUUGCUGACAAGGCAGAGGACUGCGAGGAUCUCUUCGACUUUGCCAAGGGUCAUCUCGGAGAAGACAGAUGGCUUACUCACUUGUUCAUGAUCGGUGCCAAGAAGCGGUACCAGAUCCAGAUGUGCACAUCGGCCUUCUGCAAGACCGAGGCGGUUCAGACGAUGCAGUCCUUGAUCAAGCAGCGGCGCCGAUGGUUCCUGGGUUUUAUCACGAACGAGGUCUGCAUGUUGACGGAUUGGCGUCUCUGGAAGCGAUACCCCAUCCUGCUCAUCGUCCGUUUCAUGCAAAACACGAUCCGCACCACUGCCCUGCUCUUCUUCAUCAUGGUCCUGGCCAUCAUCACCACGACUAAGAAGGUGGCCGACCUGCCUGUCGGCUUCAUCGCCAUCUCGCUCGGUCUGAACUGGCUCAUGAUGAUCUACUUUGGCAUGAAGCUCAAGCGUUUCAAGAUCUGGCUGUAUCCCAUGAUGUUCAUCCUCAACCCCUUCUUUAACUGGUGGUACAUGGUCUACGGCAUCUUCACGGCCGGCCAGCGGACCUGGGGUGGUCCCCGCGCUGACGCCGCCAAGGCUGAUGAGAACACUACGCCUCAGCAGGCUGUCGAGCAGGCCGAGAAACAAGGAGACGAGCUCAACGUGGUGCCCGAGUCGUUCAUCCCCGCCGUCCAGGCCAAGGCCAGCCUCCGGGGCAAGAAGUCCGGCCUCAAGCGGUCGGGCAGCCAGCUCCAGCCGCCCCAGAAGGCCGUGGGCAAGUUCGCCGCGCCCGAGCGGCGGUCCAACGGCCUGUACGCGCACCCAGAGUCGGUCUACAGUCUCAACUUCCUGGGCGGGUCCUCGACCGAGCUGCCGCUGCCGCGCUACGAGCUGGCGCACCGCGACUCGUGGGAGAGCUUCGUGACGGGCAGCCACAACAACUCGGUCUACUUCCCGCGCCGCGUCGAAAGUCUGAUGGGCGACGAGGACCGCAAGAAGUACGAGAUGGCCCAGCAGUCCCAGCUCAGCCAAUUCGUCGGCUCGUCCAAGCAGUUCGCCGUGCCGCCCCCCGGCCAGGUCUACGAGAUCUCGGACGCCGAGCUGGCCAAGGCGGGCUGGACCGACCACGUCGACGCCCCUUACUCCGACAACGCCGGUCCCGAUUACCACCGCCGUCAGGGCAGCGCCGGCAGCUCCGGGUCGUCGUCCGGCGCCGUCACGCCCGAGCCCGUCGCCGCACUCUCUGGCGGUCCCAACAACGGCAGCAGCCGGCAGGGUGCGCGCCGCACCGGACGCAGCCCGCUCGGCCGCGCGAGCUGGGUCCGCAAUCCUGGGGGCGACCAACUGGACCUGGGGGAUACCGCAUCGGGGCGGAACUCGCCGCCGUCCCCCAAGGAGCCGAAACCGCGGAAGUAA